UCGUGUGCCCCUAGUUCUCCCUGACUCUUCCCCCCCUUCAGCCCCUUCUCCCUGACUCUUCCCCCAAGCACCUCAGAUGCCCGCCUGGUCCGCUUCUCCGCGCCCUCCCUGACUGGCCCAUUAUUCCCCGCUGCCGCCUCACUGCCCACAGUCAGGAACCACCACCUCCUGACCCUGGCGGACGCACAGGGCCCAAACCGCCACCUCCUUGCUGCGGCUGGGACUGCCAGCGCCUCUGCCGCAGCCUCCUUACCACCCACCCUGUGUUUUCCCUCGGCCGAUUUCCCUCUCUCCUCAGCCCAGCAACAGCCUCUCUCCCACACGCCUCGACCACCCGAACAAACUACCCCUCCCUCUCUCUCUCCUUUGUUCCGCCGCCCUCUCUGUCUGGUUUCUCCUCUCCAAUCUGCCUUUCCUCCUUUCUUCCUCCAUCCUCCACUCCCCACUGCCGAUUUCUGCCUGCCUCCCUCACGGCCGCUCCCUCCCCAGGCAAUGGUUCCAGUAAUCCAGACGCAUCUGGACAAAGAUCUCUUUCUGGUUGGCCUUGUGCUGGUGAAAUCUAACAAGAUGAAUAAGAUACUUCUCCUUGGAGUUUCUGCUCUGCUCUGCUGGAGCACUGUCCAAGGCCUGCGAUGCAGGCAAUGCAUGAGGUAUGUGAUGGAUCACUGUGUAGUCGAGGAAUCGACAUGUCAAGUAUCUCCCUCUAGAAAUGUCUGCAUGACCCUUGUAACCUCUUUAGAAAAGAAGUCAAUGAGGUAUAGCUGUAUGCAUGCAGCAAUAUGUAGAACAUUUGAAGAAAAGUCAAGAACAAAACCUGAUAUGUAUGCUGAAUGCUGUAAGACAGAUCUCUGUAACGGGAUACCACCUUGGGCCUCUGACCUUUCAAUAUCUACCACACUAAACUCCACAAAUCUCUUAGAGUGAUCUUGAGAUUUGCGUCUCAUGUCCACUCACCUCCAUUGAUGUAAUCCAAGAUAUACUGUCUGCUUUAUCUAUGUUUUUACAUCCUUUUGGAGUACUGAGGGCUUGUAAAGAGAUGAGAAGAGAAAGCAUCAAUAAAAUGCAUCCACUUU